UUUUUGUAUUCAAAAUUUUAAAACCCUCGGAUAAUACCCCCAAUUUUCAGAGCAAGAAAUAGAGCGUUUCAUAUGGCAUUCAAGGGUUUGUCUAUCUAGGGCUCGGAAUAAUUUCUCAUCUGCAGAACUCAAAGGCGAUUGAAUAUUUUAAUGAUAUCAGGUGGGGGUUAGCGAAACCCUAGUUUGCUUGAUAAUUUUAGGGUUUUAUUGGGAACUGAGGGAAUGGCUGAUGAAGUGAGGCAUAGAAACGGAGAUAUUAGGGAGUGUGCUGUAGUGGGUACGGCAACAAAUGGUGUGGUAGUGAAUGGGUUUGGGCUUGCAAGUGGAAAUGGUGGUGUUUGCGAGGGGAGUUAUUCUGGAUCAUCGAGUGAGGGUUUUCAAACGUACAAGAGGCGGAAGCAUACUAAGAUGAGUGAUUCGGAGAGCAAAUUGAUUGAAGAUGGGAAGGUUUCUGUGGAUCUAGCAAGUCAACACACUGAUAAGAACACUGAAGAACCAAUGGACACAUCUUUACCUAAUAGUUCUUUUGAUCAAGUCAGCUUCCAAAGGAUGAAACCAUGUACUACUAAGAAUGGUUUAAAUGAUUGCCCUCUCGAGCACUGGAGACACACUGUACUGGAACACAUUUAUCAGUCAUUAGUUGAGAGUGAUGGAGGUAUACAAGGAUGCAUUCGAGAUGCGCUUGUGUUUCAUCCAGAAAGCAGUUGCACAACUGCAGCUAAGGAAUCUAUUCAUUUUAAUGAAGACAGCCACAAAUGCUCUUCAGAAUCAGGGCGGAUGUCUAAUGAAUUUCGGAAUUCAGCUAAAGGGCAUAUGAAUGUAAAGUCCAGUGGAUUGCUAAAUGAAUCAGAUCGUCAUACAACCACUGAGCUGUGUCAAUUUGCUUUCUUUGACAUUAUAACAUCAGAAAUGUUUGCUCAACUAUGUAAACUACUCUCGGAAAAUUUCCAAGGACUGAAAUUGGACGGCUUCUUUAAUGUUGAUAUUAUAAAUUCAAGGAUGAAGGAAGGAGCUUAUGAAAGUAAACCUAUGCUUUUCUUUCAUGAUAUUCAAGAGGCAUGGACAAAGCUUCAAAAGGUUGGCACUGAAAUGGUUGCUCUUGCUAAGAGCCUCUCGGACAAGUCAAGGACUUCUUUCCAUGAUCAGGUUGGACAUUUGGUGCACAGCAGUUUUGAAGACAAUGAAGUUGAGUUCCUUGCGCAAGAACCUAACUUGCACAGUUCGGAGCAAACAGAGGUUUGUGGUGUGUACAAAGUCUGCGCUUGCAGGCGUUGCGGGGAAAAGGCAGAUGGAGGAGAUUGUUUAGUUUGUGAUUCAUGUGAGGAAAUGUACCAUGUCUCGUGUAUUGAGCCUGCUGUUGAGGAAAUUCCUCUGAAGAAUUGGUACUGUUCUGACUGCACUGCAAAAGGGAUUGAUUCACCACAUGAGAACUGUGUAGCGUGUGAGACGCUGAAUGCCACCACAUCUCCAAUCAAUGAAGUUGGAGAUGAUGUGAUUCAGACAAGUGAAGUGACACCUGACGAAAUGGAACAGGGUUCAAAUGGUUUAGUGGAAGAUGGGCUUCAGCCAUUAAAAGGAGACACUUGUAAUAUGUGUGGAGGCGAGGUAGAAAUUGGUGAAAAAAUCAGGUUAUGUGGCCAUUCCUUCUGUCCUCACAAGUACUACCAUGAGAGGUGCCUAACGAGCAAGCAGUUAAAGUUUUAUGGUCCCUCCUGGUACUGCCCUUCCUGCCUGUGUGGGGCUUGCCUCACUGAUCGAGAUGAUGAUAAGAUUGUUUUGUGUGAUGGCUGUGAUCUGGCGUACCAUAUAUAUUGCUUGCAACCACCACGCGCUUCUAUUCCCGAUGGAAGUUGGUUUUGCAGAAAAUGUGAUGCAGAGAUCAGGCGAAUACGCAAGGCAAAGAGGACAUACGAGAAUAUUCAAAAUAACCUGAAAAAGAGUGGCGGUGAAAGUGGAAGGAAAGGCAAACAUGAAGACAUGGUGGAUGGUUCUGGUGGAGUAGACAUGCUUCUAACUGCAGCCAAAACUCUAAAUUUCGAGGAGAAAAUGGCUUCUUCAAUCAUAUGAAGGUUCACUUCACAGGGUUUUGAAUCAUUUUGGAGGAGUAAUACUUUUGUGUAAGUUGUAUUUUAGGCUUAGCUGACUUUUUCGGAUACCUAAAUGAGGAAACACAGAGGUCUGCAUAGUGUAUUUUGCUGCUGGUUAGCUUGUAAAAGUAUGAAGUUUGUUGGCCGAAGUAAAUAGACUGGAGUCAUGAUGUAAGUGAAAGUCUCCUAGCAUAAAAUUCUUUUAUGGGGGAUAUUAGAAGCUAACAUUCAUUUUGUUGUGUAAAGGGAAAUGACCGUCUAGGCAACCAACCCUAUUGAUCAUCAAAGUGGGGGAAUUUUUUUGUUAUAUACAUUGAUGUCCUAUCAAACUCUGGAUAUCAACAUCAUUAGAUGGUGCUUAUUUCUUCUCACUAUUAUCAUUUUCAUAUUAUUAUUAUCAUUAGUUUUUGUU